GAAAGUGCUGCAUUACUAAGGAGAGGUGUAGAAGAGCUUGACAACUAUGUAACAGAGGGAUGCAGAAGUUUUAUGGAGCUGGAAGAUAUCCUCGACCAAAUCAGUCUUCCUGACAUAAGUAAAAGACCUUUAAGAGAAGGUCUACACCAUGCCAAGCAAUAUUUGAAAUCACAGUACAAGAUGCACAUAGCCAAGGAAAGCCUGAUUCCAGACCAAUGCAUUUCACAUGCACUCAGUGUUCAAGGUCAGAGCUUUACAGAGGCCUGCCAUCAUGGACACAGUAGCAUUUGCCAAGACUGUGAGAAGAUGGAUAUGACCCUGAAACAAAUACAAAGACUUGCUGAAGAACAAAUCUGGAAAAAUAAAGAAGCAACCAUGUUUGUGGUUGAUGAAGCUGUCAGUGCCAUACAUAAGUGGAAGGCUCAUAUUCUGAGAUCCAAAAAUCAAGAGAGAGCUAGAACCUGUAUUAUUGAUAAAAUGACAGAGGGUGGUGUUUUGGUCACAUGUGACUGGGCAAUGAAAUUCCUACCGAGGAAAUACAGAGAAGGUCAAAUAGACUGGUUUGCAAAGCGGGGCAUAAACUAGAACGUUUCGGUAUCCUUGUGGAAGCAAGCUGCAACUUUUUCUACUGUCACACAUGUACACAUCUUUGAUUCACAAACUCCACAGGAUGCUGCAGUCACCGCCAACAUAUUAGUGGAUGUUGCCAGAGAUCUCUUGAAAUGCAGACCAUGUUUAAAACACAUCCAUUUCUGUUCAGAUAAUGCAGGGUGUUACAAAAGUUCAGUGACCAUAGCACUGCUAAAUAAGGAGUUGUCUGAAAACAUUGUGUCCUACAACUUUUCAGAAGCACAGAAUGG